AUGGCGGAAGCAAGAGUUGCCGAUAUUAUGAUUGGCGUCUGGGAAUUGAUCUCCUUCAAGCUGCAGUCCCUGGAUGAUCCAGAUGCGGAACCGAUCAUGCCUCAUGGUCCGAGGCGGGAAGAUCACAAAGGACGUGGCAUCAUGACGGCAAAUGGGUAUAUGGGUGCCUUUGUUUCGACGGAGAAGGACAUCAUCCAACUACCCAAGGCCGACUUCGUGGCCAAUUCGGACGAGGAUGUCGCCAGAGUUGCCCGAACGUUUUCCAGCUAUUGCGGGCGGCUGUCUCUGAGCAAUUUAGAAGGGUUGGAUGGCCUGAUACAUACCGAGGUUGAACUGGCCCUGAACCCUGCCUGGAUUGGGGGUCGCCAAACACGGAAAUUCCAUAUGGAGCGAUCAAACGGGCACGAUUAUAUGACUUUGCAGCCGGUUGAGCCUAUGUUGAUGACGGACGGCAAACGUUACUUGGGUACGUUGAAAUGGGAGAAGCUGAACCUUCCGGGAUACGGAGGUCUACUGGUUCAAGAGGGCAAAACUUUGUGA